UAAAUACGCUUCAUUCCAUCUGAAAUGGAGGGCCAUUAAAAUUCGGGUUGUCAAACUCGGUGGACAUUCUUGGCUGGUAGCAUUUCCUGCAUUUCAUCGUUAUUCCUUCCUGUAAUAAGAAGAAAUAAAAGAUGGAGCAAUUGAAUACCUGCUGCCCUCGCUGGUCGCAAUAUUUAGCAGCAAUUACAGCUACCUUAUCGUUAGCCACUGCCGGAUCUCACAUAGGCUGGACAUCACCAUCCUUACCAUUAUUAAAAUCAAACUCUUCUCAUGUCCGGAUAACGUCUGACGAUGCCUCAUGGAUCGCCUCAUUCUACCUUUUGGGUACCAUACCAGGAUGCAUUUUAGCAGCUUUUAUUGUCGAUUGGCUGGGUCGGAAGAGGAGUUUACUGAUAGGUAGUGUACCUCUGUUUUUCGGAUUUAUUAUGAUAAUCAUAGCAAAGAAUCCCUACGUCUUCUACGCGGCUCGAUUUAUCAGCGGUAUCGGCCAGGGCAUAGUAUAUGUCGUCUGUCCGAUGUACAUCGGCGAAAUAGCCGACAAGGACAUCAGAGGCGGUCUCGGUUCUCUCAUCAAGCUGAUGGUGACCUUCGGGGAAUUUUACGCUCAUGCAGCGGGUCCUUUCGUAACCUUCUACAAUCUCGCUUACAUCUGCCUGCUGCUGCCACUGAUAUUCUUCCUUAGCUUUCCCUGGAUGCCCGAAUCGCCGUACUUCCUGCUGAUGAGAAAUCGCCAAGACAACGCGAUAAUAAAUCUGAAACGUCUGAAUCGCGGCAUUUCCAAGGGUCAGCUGAACGAAGAUCUGCAAGAGAUGCAAAACAUGGUCCUCUGCGAUCUCACAAAUCGCGGCCACUUCGGGGAUCUGUUCGAGACACGCGGCAACCGGCGCGCCAUCAUCAUCAGUUUCGGGCUGCAAGUGAUUCUCCAGUGCAGCGGCAUCGCCGCAAUCGAAUCCUACACUCAAGAAAUUCUCGAGGAAGGCGACGGGGCUCUGUCCGCCAGUACCUCGGUCAUCUUACUUAGCGUACUUCAACUGAUCGCCGGGGUCGCAGCGGCAUUUCUGGUUGACAAGCUCGGCAGACGGCCGUUGCUUCUAAGUACCACUUUUCUAGCUGGAAUCGCGCUGGCCGGCACUGGCGUCUUUUACUACGUCAAGUUCAGAAACGAAACCAAUUUGGUUGGAUCUGGUUGGACGCUUCACUUUUGCGUGAUAUUUUACGAGCUGAUCAUCGCUCUGGGCCUGAACCCGCUGCCAUAUAUGAUGCUGGGCGAAUUAUUCGCGACCAACAUCAAGGGCGCCGCUGUUUCGUCGACCAAUGUGGUGUCCUCGUUGCUGGCAUUCGGCGUGUCGAAAUUGUAUCAGGUGAUUUCCGAUUACUAUGGAGUGUACACGAGCUUCGGCUGUUUCUCCUGCACCUGCUUCAUCGGCUUAAUCUUCAUCGCGCUGCUUGUACCCGAGACCAAAGGCAAGUCGUUAUUGGAGAUCCAAGAGGAGUUUCAUUGUAAGAACAAGAAGAAAAUAGGAACCAAAAAUAAGAAAAGGAACAACGAGCACAUUGAAAUAAGUACGAUAUCUAAGUCGAAUGACGAAAAUGCUUGAAGGAUGUUUAUGAAAAUUUAUGUAUGUCAUUUUCGGACGAUAGAAAUAAGCAACAUACGUUUUCCGGAUUAUGGGACGUUCGACAGGGAAUCUCGAGGCGGCCGAUCGUCCUUCCGAUGCUUACCGGGUCGAUCAUAAAAACGAACGAGCAAUAUUGCCAACAAUAUUCGGUAAGCUCCAUUGCAAUAUUUGAAUACAUAAUUGGAUUUGAUCGCUUUAAUCGAAAUUGCAUAUUAUUUUUAUCAAAAUUCAAAUGGGCAUUAUUGUUUGCAAAUUGUUCACAAAAGUUAGAAAGUGUUCCCUGUCAAAAAUCGAUACCUUCAUACAAAAUGUUCGAAAAAAAAGAAACUGAGAAUCUCUACUUAUUUGAAACGGUUUUAAAAUUUCUUGUAUUUUAAUUGGAGUUUGCUGAUUUGGAAAGUUUUCUUUCCACAUUUUAUUGUGCAAUGUAAAACUCCGAGACUCUCAGCUACAUGAAACUAUAAUUAAAGUCUAAACUAUAUUCGGAGGAAAGAUACCUCAGAUAAAAAUUAGUUUGUAAGAGUUUAAUGUUUAAAAAAGGGCCCUUAUAUUCCAUUGAAGAAGGCGCUUCGAAUCGAAGUAACGAGAUCGCCGAAAGAGCACUUCCCGAUCAAGAUUUUUUUCUCUAAUCAUAUAAUAUCAUAUGAUAUUAUGAUAUUAUGAUUAGAGACAAAGUGUGGCACGCAAUGAUGACACUGUUUGAAUUACAUUUAACUUUUAAACUUAAAUUAAGUUUAAAUUUCAAAUAUACUAAUUGGCGCUUCUUAUUCCUAUGCACAUUUUAAUUCAAAAAUAUCUUAGUUCAAACAUUUCAAUUAAAAAACAUGUGUCAAACUGCGUAAAAUAUUGCAGAAAAUAACAGAUAAAAAUUUAAUAUCAUUGUUUCUUGUUAACAUUAGCGACGUAUGAAGAUCGUUUUAUUUACACAAAAGACGCAUGAAUUGAGUGUGUUUAGCGAACGCAACAGUUGUGUGGAAACAUAACAAUUGCUCUUGUGAUUGAUGUAUAUUUUUAUCUAUCAAAGCAGAUCUGUAUGUUUUCCGGGAACCGAGAUCACAAUUGCGUUCGCUUUGAAUGUUUUUCUUACAUUUACUUUCAACAACUGUAUAAGUAACAAUUCAUUUGUUGUAUUGAUCUUGAAUUGAUGAAAUAAUAUGUCAUCUGUGUUAUCUUGAUCGGCAAAAGUCUCGAUCGGCAAAAGAAUCUCGGCCGAAAAUAAUGCGAAUUUAUAAUUUGUUCAAUGAUUUCUGAAGAAUCGUUUCAGUAAAAUCGUUUCUUCAAGAUGCAUCAUACGAUCCAAUGUGCGUUUUAGCUUAGGCCCCCAAACAUGGUAGAGCAAUCUUGCAUGACCAUCUUUUCUUCCCUUUUAGGCAGGGUUAAACUGAAACUUAAGACUGCUAGUUUUUAAUUAAUAUCGUAUAUUUUUUUUAUUCAUCUUUUCGUGGGCGAGCUCGAAACGGGCAAAAAAUUCUCAUAGAUUUAGGCAGAAAAGCAUCCGUCUUGCUUUAAUCCUGCAAAAUAGAUUACUUUUCAUGAUAAGAUAUUCAGUGAGUACAACGGUUGUCUGAUAAUCGAUAAAUCCGGGUUUGAUUCCGACCUAUAUCCCGCAGAUUAAAGUUUACAUUUGAGUGAAUGGGAUUUAUAUAAAAUCUCUGCAAAAAUAAAUUCGCUAAAACAAACAACAGAGAGACUUUCUGAAGCAACAAGAUUCUAUUUUCUAAUUAUGAUAUUAUUAGAUAAUUACGAAUAUCUUUUUCAUCCCUUUAAGAUAGAUUUUAAAAAAAGGAAUGAUAUUUGCUUACGCAAUGACACGAUAAAUAAUUUCCUUCCUUUAUUAAUUGUCUUUUAGACACGAAAUUUUACACGAUUCAGUCUUUUUCAAUUUUCAAUCAAUAACAUACAAACAUAUAUAUAAGAGUGCUCGAUAAUCAAAUCCGGAAUCUGUCGAUUAUUAUUCGAUUGCUUCGGAGCCCAUGUAUUGCUCCGAUUACUGAUUAUAUUUUUCCUUUUAGAUAAGGUAAGAUAUAUGCGUUGUAAGAAUAGCGCUUCGGCGUAGAAUAUAACUGGCCCGUUAUUAGAGUUAAAGAAAAAUACACUCACACGCGUUUUUCUGACGCGUGUCAUAAAUUCACCGGAAUAUCCGGUGCGUGCUCUCGUGCGCAUAAGUGGUCUCCGAUAAUAAGUGGACGUCUGAUCGACGCGAACAACGCAAAUUGGUUUCAUAAUCGGGUUAAUGGCACCUUUCCCUCUCCGCUAAAAGGGAGGAUUUAUUUUUGCCCCCGUUUUGACGCGAUCCACCUGUUACGUAGACCAGAAAAACACAUAGCCGUAUGUUUGAUGAGUAAACAGCCAAAAGUAUGAAUGGCCAGAGCGUCUACACUUGCUCGUAAAAGUAAUUUAGCGAAAAAUUCGACGAUCACAUUCGCUUUUAUUAUUAUUAUAUGGCUAUGUUACGGAGAGCACGUUGUUUUCUUAAUAAGCAUAUAAUAUCUUAACUCUCGAGUGUCAAGUGUGUUCACGCUAUUGCAUGACUCUCUACACGUCCCUUUCAGGCAGGGUUGAAAGACUAAUCGAAUUUUACUUCAACUUCAGAUUUCUACCAUGUAGAAGUUUGCAAUAUACGUUAACAAUAAAGCUAAUAUUUAAUUCGCAAU